CCAAGUUCACUCGGCAGCUUCGAUUCGACCAUCAUCAGUUCUCUCUGUCUCUUUGGUUUUUCUGUUUACUUGCUGCGCGCUGCUUUCGCUUCACGCGUUGACGUGCUUGUGAAUGCGUAUACGAUUUAGAUCGUGCUCGGCUGUUCAGUGUAACGUACUACGUAGUGUGGGUGCGAGAUAUAGAAGCAGUACGAGCCUCGCGAUCGUCGUUGGACAAGCGAGCUUCAGCAACCCUUUCAACAUCAUCUUCGUGACUUUGAAUCGUUGCCUCUUAUUUUAACGACGACAAUCAUGAGUGUCGACGCUUACGGACCUAGCAGUCAAGGAACUUUAACGUUCUUCGACAAUAUAGCCGACGACAUUCACGCGGAUACUCAGAAUGAUGAUUAUCAAUUUACGGAUUUCUCCAUGCCCGAGGCCAGUCAACCAACAGCGACGGCCACCAAGCUGGAGACCAGAAAAUCUACUCAACCACCUCAAAAUGUUCAGGUGAAUGGUAUCGUGUCUGCAUCAGCUUUAGAUCUAAAAAUUUCUGGGGCAGCUCAAUCAUUGGCUGAUUUACAAUUUGAAGAAGAAGAAGAAGAAGCUUUUUACAAUAACAAGGACCUUCCUGACCAUGCUUGUAAGUACUGUGGGAUACAUGAAGCCUCGUGCGUUGUUAUGUGUAAUUGCUGUCGCAAAUGGUUUUGCAACAGUCGUGGAAAUACAUCUGGAUCGCACAUUGUUAACCAUCUUGUUCGUGCAAAACAUAAAGAAGUUACUUUGCAUCGGCUUGGACCCCUAGGAGAAACUGUUCUUGAGUGCUACGUUUGUGCUACAAGGAAUGUAUUUGUGCUUGGAUACAUUCCUGCAAAGACCGAAUCUGUGGUCAUUCUUUUGUGUAGACAACCUUGCGCCGCUCAAACCAAUUUAAAAGAUAUGAAUUGGGAUCAAAAUCAGUGGAAACCAUUGAUUCAAGAUCGUGGUUUUGUCAAAUGGCUUGUUAAAAUACCAACUGACCAAGAGCAAUUAAGAGCUAGACAAAUAACAGCAAUGCAAAUCAAUAAGUUGGAAGAGCUGUGGCGUGAUAAUAUUGAUGCCACGUUCCAAGAUCUUGAAAAACCUGGUGUUGAUGAAGAACCACAAAAUGUUUUGCUGAGGUAUGAAGAUGCCUAUCAAUACCAAAACAUUUUUGGGCCUUUAGUUAAGUUGGAAUCAGAUUAUGAUAAACGAUUAAAAGAAUCCCAAACCCAAGAAAAUAUUGAAGUACGUUGGGAUGUUGGAUUAAAUAAAAAAUCCAUCGCUUACUUUGUUUUGGCAAAAACAGAUGGAGAUAUGAAGCUCAUGCAUGGAGAUGAAUUACGUUUAAGAUAUCUGGGAGAAAUGCACAAGCCAUGGAAUGGAGUUGGUCAUGUUAUUAAAAUUCCAGACAAUUAUGGCGAAGAAGUUGGAAUAGAAUUGAAGACGAGUUCAGGCGCUCCUACUGAUUGUACAAGUAAUUUUGUAGUAGAUUUCAUUUGGAAAAGUACAAGUUUUGAUAGAAUGCAACAAGCUCUGCGAAAAUUUGCAGUUGAUGACAGCGCCGUUUCUGCAUACAUCUACCACCGUCUUUUAGGGCAUGAAAUCGAAGAUGCUGUCUAUCGAGUGUCACAUCCCAAGCAUUAUAGCGCGCCCAACUUACCUGAUUUAAAUCGUUCUCAAGUUUAUGCCGUCAAGCAAACUCUUCAGCGUCCGUUGGUCUUAAUUCAAGGACCACCCGGAACCGGCAAAACUGUGACCAGCGCUACCAUUGUUUAUCAGUUGGUUAAGCAAAACAACGGUGGUGCUGUGCUCGUGUGUGCACCAUCUAAUACUGCAGUCGAUCAGCUGACUGAAAAAAUCCACAAGACCAAUCUCAAAGUUGUAAGAUUAUGUGCCAAAAGUCGAGAAGCUAUUGAUUCACCCGUAAGCUUCCUGGCUCUCCAUAAUCAAAUUAAAAACAUGGAAACCAACAGCGAAUUGAUAAAACUGCAACAGUUGAAAGAUGAGACUGGCGAACUAUCGAGCGUCGAUGAAAAACGCUACAGAUUGCUGAAAAAAGCAGCUGAAAAAGAGCUGCUCGACGCUGCAGACGUUAUCUGCUGCACUUGCGUCGGUGCGGGUGAUCCUCGACUACAGAGAAUCAAGUUUAACUCGAUCCUCAUUGACGAGAGCAUGCAAGCCACAGAGCCAGAAUGUAUGGUGCCCGUCGUUCUCGGAGCUAAGCAGCUUAUAUUAGUUGGCGACCACUGCCAGCUCGGUCCCGUAGUCAUGUGCAAGAAGGCUGCUAGGGCUGGACUAUCGCAGUCUCUGUUUGAGAGACUGGUCGUGCUUGGCAUCAGACCCUUCAGACUCGAAGUUCAAUAUCGUAUGCACCCAGUGUUAUCGAAAUUCCCGUCUAAUUUCUUCUAUGAGGGCUCUCUGCAGAAUGGAGUAUGCGCUGACGAGCGAAAACUUCCUAAAAUGGAUUUUCCUUGGCCGCAAAAGGACAAGCCGAUGUUAUUCUACGUGACGCAAGGUCAAGAAGAAAUCGCUGGCAGUGGCACAUCUUAUCUAAAUCGCACAGAAGCUGCUAAUGUUGAAAAAUUAGCUACCAAGUUUUUGCGUUCUGGAAUUAAACCCGAUCAAAUUGGUGUUGUUACACCUUACGAAGGCCAAAGAGCUUAUUUAGUCCAAUACAUGCAGUACCACGGACCCCUUCAUUCGCAGCAGUACCAAGAAAUAGAAGUAGCUAGUGUCGAUGCCUUCCAGGGACGAGAAAAAGACAUAAUCAUCAUGUCUUGCGUUCGGUCGAACGAGCACCAGGGAAUCGGUUUCUUGAACGAUCCGAGAAGAUUAAAUGUUGCUCUAACUCGAGCUAAAUAUGGCAUCAUCAUAGUCGGCAAUCCUAGAGUUCUGUCUAAGCAACCCUUGUGGAAUCAUUUGUUGUGCUUCUAUAAAGAACAAAAGGUUUUGGUCGAAGGUCCAUUCAAUAAUCUCAAAGAGUCGAUGAUCCAAUUUUCGAAGCCUAAAAAAAUCAUCAAUUCGGCUAACCCUGGAUCGCACUUCAUGGUGACUACCACGUAUGACGCCAGAGAAGCCAUGAUCCCGGGUUCCGUUUACGAUCGGUCGGGUGCCCAAAUGAAUGGACAAGUACCGAAUCACUUUUACCCACGUAAUCUGCCCAUGGAUCCGUUCGCGAGGAAUCACGAUACCAUAAGCUACAUCAGUCCGGAACGAGCUCAAGCUGCCAUGAGCAAUGUACCGGUUCCAGUGGGUAUGUUCAUGAAUAUGACGCAUGUACCCCCGAGAUUCUUCAACCAGCAUCAACAAGCGGUACAGGCAAGGCAGUCGCAAACUACGAAGCGCCGUGGAAAUACCAGAGUUAAUAAUUCUAGAUUAAAUGCACCAAAUGCACGCACAGCUAAGCUGAGUCAAACGGAGCAGCAAACGCAACUUUUGAGUCAGCCGGGUUUUGCUCCCACUCAGAGUACCCAAGUGUCACAACCUGGCUUCAGUCUGUCACAACCUGGCUUAUCGCAAAAUGAAUUGUCUCAAGAUUCGUACUCAGUCGGCACCUUUCCUUCUCAUCCUGAAGGAUUAUUUUCGCAAGAUUCUACUUAUCAAGGAUUCUUCACUUCUGGACAGUCGCAACCAAGUGGACAGCUUUCGCAGCCUUAUUGAGCCAAUGAAAUGAUGGGUAUACCAUUGCAUUUGUCGUGCAAAUAAGUCGCGGGAGCGACUGAAACAAAUCACACACAAUUCUUAAACUCAACGAGAUCACUUUAGACUAACAGAAGUGAUCAACCGAUAAUUGAAAGUUCUUUCUUUAAACAUCUGCACAUGUCUAUGUUGCAAGGAAGAGAGAAUAUCAUAACUCGGAUGGAAGAGAAUCCAUACCCACCAACGGUUAACGUAAUGUCUGCUAUUGAUUCAAGUUUUACGGCCUACAAUACAUGACAAAGUGAUAUUCAAGUCAACGGGUAAUUGAAUUAAAAUGAAACGACAACGUGAGAGCAAAUACACUGUUUGUCAACCAUAAUUCGAUCAAGUAUAGCGCAUUUCGAAUCGUGUAACUGAGAAAUAAAUAGAAAAUACUUCUUUUGCUGGUGAAAAGACAAGAAUAUGUUUGAGGUCGGUAUUUUUAGCUGUUAAAUUCGAUUUUUCGGCUAACAGAGUAGCAGCAAAAUGACAGUACUAUGCGUGUUAAUUCACGGGGGAAAUUUUUUCAUAAAGAUUUCUAUAGAUUUAGUUUACUUGGGCAUUUCGAAAUCGCUAAAUAAAAUUUGGAUUAUCAACAUGUACAAAUAAUUGAAACCAAUUCAAUAGAAUAUAACGGUUUUUUUUUUGACUCAGAAUACUUACGAUACACUUAGAACAGUAUCAAUAAUUUACGUUCUCUGCAUUAAUAUUGAUUUUAUAUUGAAAAAUUUUUGAUUUUUUUUAAUAAAUAAAGUGUCAAGGCCACUUACCAAGCAAACACAAUAUUUUAUUAAAUAUUGACGAAUGACUAAAAUUUAAUUUUUUCUACGGUAAACACUUCAAGAACAGAUAAAACUUUUCUUUAAAUAUAAUUUCGUAGGUAUGCUCGAGAAAAAUUGUUUCAUUGUAUAAAAAAUUUUAGCAUGUGAACAAUUUCGUAUCAUGUACGUAAUAUAUUAUUUUCAGGCCGAAUUCAAUUAUCAUUUAAGCAUUAUGUUACAAAGUUGUACUGUAAGAUUUGAUGAUUUUAAUAAAUUAUGAUUGAAAAUAUA